ACCAUUUUCGUCAUGAAGACAAUCCCGAUCCAAUCUUUUCUCCUCCCCCUCCUUUUAUUCAUCUCCCUUUCCUUUUUGGAAGCCGGAGCACCGAGCGAAGCACAAGCUCUUCUCAAAUGGAAGUCCAGCUUGUCUCAGCCAGAUGCUCUGAGCUCAUGGUCCCUUGCCAACUCUACCACCCCAUGCGGAUGGUUUGGUGUCUGCUGCAACUCCGCAGGCAGCAUCGUGAAGCUGAGCUUACCCAAUGCCAACCUCAACGGCACCCUCCAUGAAUUAGACUUUGCUUCUCUGCCCGGCCUCACCAAGCUCAACCUCCAUCAUAACUAUCUCCAUGGCCCCAUUCUUUCAAACAUUUCUGCUCUCUCCCAGCUCACGUCAUUAGACCUUCGUACCAACCAGUUCCAUGGAUCCAUUCCUCCAGAGAUCGGUCAGCUCUUUGAGAUGGUCGACCUUCGUCUCUACAUCAACCAUCUUGAUGGGCGAAUCCCGGCGGAGAUUGGAUCGGCCACAAAGUUGCAACUCCUAUUACUCUUCAUCAACAAGCUAUCAGGUCCAAUCCCCCCAGAGAUUGGGAGGCUGGCCAACCUGCAGCAAUUGGAUCUAUCUAUCGGUAACCUCAAUUAGUGGUUCAAUCCCUCCAGAGAUCGGGAGGCUGGCCCACUUGCAGCUAUUGGAUCUAUCCGACACUUCAAUUAGUGGUCCAAUCCCUGGGAUAAUAGGAAACCUCGCACAGCUCACUUCCCUAGCCCUCAUGAAAAAUAAUCUGAACGGCACAAUCCCAGCAGAGAUCGGAAACAUGACGGCAAUGGCUAGCCUUGACCUCAGCAACAACCAAUUGGAGGGUGAGCUGCCGGACACCAUUGCUCAGCUUCCAAAUCUUGAGUUCAUUUCGGUCUUGAACAACAAACUCAGUGGUCACAUCCCUCGAUACCUCGGCCAGAAUGGGCAUUUGAACAGUGUCAUCU